CAGAGAAGGGAACGGAACGGAACUGAACGAUACUCUACGAUAAGAGCAACGAGCAACGAGCAACGAGCAACGAUCACAGUCACACUCGCGACGACAAGACCGCCCAAGAGUUUGGUUUCUCUUUUCCAAAACAAAACGUUCUACACAUUCACUCUAAGACAGGAGCCAAAAAUAGUGGAAAGCACAAUAAAAAGUAGCGAGGACAAUGAGCGCAGACGACAAUGAUUACAUCGACGUUUCCGUCGCCCAGGACGGGGGUGUCCAAAAGAAGAUCCUCCAAGCGGCACCCGAAGGAGCCAGAGGUCCCCCACCCAAUGGAAACGAAGUAGAAGCCCAUUACACCGGUGCGUUUCUUCUUUAUCGGGAAAAGAUUCAAUCAUGGAAAAAUGUCGAUUCAAACAAUUCUGAAUGUAAUGUGUUUGCCUUUGAAUUUUCUUCUUACCCCAACUUMUACGCCGUCGUGUUUUUGCUCUUUCUCAAAUCCAUCUCAAAUCUAAUUCAAAUCAUCAAACGAUUAAUCAACUAUGGAAUGCGGUUUUUCCCAUGAAAACUGAACUAUCUUACUGAUAUUUUUUAGGAACACUGGCUUCGGACGGAAGCAAAUUCGAUUCGAGCCGUGAUCGUGGCAAGCCUUUCAAAUUUACCAUCGGCCAGGGACAGGUCAUCAAGGGAUGGGACGAGGGAUUUGCUAGCAUGAAGGUCGGAGAAAAGGCCRUUCUCAAGAUCMGAUACGAUUAUGCGUACGGAGAAACCGGAUCGCCUCCCACAAUCCCCGCCAAAGCCGACCUGUUUUUCGAUGUGGAACUGCUUGGAUUCAAAGAAAAACCCAAAGAGCGAUGGCAACUAUCGCCGCAAGAACGAAUCRCCGAAGCCGAAAAGAUGAAGGCCGCUGGCACAGAAUUUUUCAAAGAAAAGCGAUUCGAGGAAGGAGCAGCUCAAUACGAGGAAUCCGCUCUCUUUGCAGUCGAAGAAGGAAUUUCUGGAAACGACAUACCGGAAGRYGAACGCCARCUUUAUGUCAGUUGUUUUGGAAACGCUGCCAUGUGUUACAUCAAACUCAAAUCCUGGCCGGAUGCUAUCCGAACCUGCGACAAGGUMUUGGAAAUCGAUUCGGAAACYACUUCGAACAUCAAGGCUCUUUACCGUAGAGGACUCGCCCGCAUGCACCUUGGAUUGUACAAGGAAGCGAAGGCCGAUCUUAUGGACGCUUACAAAAUCGACAACAGCAACAAGGACGUUAGAAAAGCCAUUAAGCAACUUAAGGAGGCAUCCCAGAAAGCAAAGAACAAGGAAAAAGCAGCCUUUGGUGGCAUGUUUGGUCGCGUCGAGGGAGGGUUUUACGGCGACAAGAAGGGGCCACUCAUUCCGAACGCCAAGGRYGACAAUCCGCAUGUCUACUUCGACAUUCGACACGGAGAMAAGAAUCUGGGCAAGGUUGUUAUGCAGCUUUACGCGGAYAUCACGCCSAAGACAGCUGAAAAUUUCCGCUCUCUSUGCACGGGUGAAAAGGGAGAGGGAACGCUAGGAAAGCCAUUGCAUUUCAAGGGAUGCGGAUUCCACCGCGUCAUCAAGGAUUUCAUGAUCCAGGGAGGCGACUUCACCAGUGGAGACGGSACCGGUGGUGARUCGAUUUACGGAGAAAAAUUYGCCGACGAAAAUUUUGUGAUCAAGCACACAAAGGCCGGCCAAUUGUCAAUGGCCAAUGCCGGACCCGGAACCAACGGUUCCCAAUUUUUCAUCACCUCGAAGGACACGCCCCAUUUGGACGGAAAGCACGUCGUCUUUGGGCACGUUGUGGAGGGAAUGGAUAUUGUUCGACAAGUCGAGGAUGUCUCUGUCGGAGCCAAUGACCGACCUGAGGUUGAGGUCGUGAUCGAGGACUGUGGUCAAAUGCCAGCGGACUACAAGGAGCCGGCAAAAUGUYAGAAAUCCUGUUGCGGAGCUUAGUACACUUUGUGCAACCGAAACGAACGCGAUUAGCUACUGAAUCAUGUUUUGUAAGCCCACUAGAUUAGUACUYAAGUAUUAGUAACUCCGUAUAGAGUUUGGCCGAGAAUCCAUUAUAAUUU